AUGGGAGCUGAAUUUGGGCGAGGGGAUCAAGACAAGAAGAGUGUGAAAAUAACCGGCAAAACCCAUGUGAUGCCCAACAAGAAACUGGGAAGAAGAGAAUGUCAAUUGGUAACAUUUGAUCUUCCAUACUUAGCUUUCUACUACAACCAAAAGUUGCAGCUUUACAGAGGGAGUGACUUUGAGGCAAUGGCGGGGAAAUUAAGAGAUGGGCUGGGGGUAGUUUUGGAAGACUUCUAUCAGCUGGCCGGAAGGCUAGGCAAAGAUGAGGAGGGGGUCUUUAGGGUGGAGUAUGACGAUGAAAUGGACGGCGUGGAGGUGGCGGAGGCCAUCGCCGACGGGAUCCAAAUUUCUGAUCUGCCCGCCGACGAGGGCUGCAGCACUUUGAAGGAGUUGAUACCAUACAAUGGGGUCUUGAACGUGGAGGGCAUCCGUAGGCCUCUGUUAGCAGUGCAGUUAACCAAGCUGAAAGAUGGACUCGCAAUGGGGUGCGCAUUCAACCACGGGAUCCUCGACGGGACCUCCACGUGGCACUUCAUGAGAUCAUGGGCCGAGAUCUGCGGCGGGGCUCACUCCAUCUCGGUCCCACCCUUCCUCGACCGCACCAAAGCCCGCAACACACGCGUGAAGUUCGACAUCUCGCUCCCCUCGGACACACUCGCUUCAUCCAACGGCGACGCAAAGACGGCUCCACAACUCAGGGAGAAGAUCUUCAGCUUCUCCGAGGCUGCCAUCGACAAGAUCAAGUUAAAAGUCAACUCAAAUCCUUCCUCCUCAUACGACGGCUCGAAACCAUUCUCCACAUUCCAAUCACUCUCCGUCCAUAUCUGGCGCCAUGUAACCCAUGCACGUAAACUGAACCCCGAAGACCACACCGUGUUCACCGUCUUUGCAGAUUGCCGGAAACGGGUUGAGCCGCCGAUGCCGAAGAGCUACUUCGGGAACCUAAUCCAGGCAGUGUUCACCGUCACGACAGUCGGGUUGUUAUCGGCGAACCCGGCAGAGUUUGGUGCGGCAAUGAUUCAGAAAUCAAUAGAAAUGCAUGACGCCAAGGCCAUCGAGGAGCGCAACAAAGAGUGGGAGAGGUCACCGAAGAUCUUCCAGUUUAAGGAUGCCGGAGUGAACUCCGUUGUGGUGGGGAGCUCACCAAGGUUCAAGGCGUACGAGGUGGAUUUCGGGUGGGGGAAGGCGGAGAGUGUGAGGAUGGGGUCCAACAACAGGUUUGAUGGGAUGGUGUACUUGUUGCAGGGGAAGAGUGGUGGGAGGAGCAUCAAUGUGGAGAUUAGCUUGGAGGCAGCGACGAUGGAGAGGCUGGAGAAGGACAAGGAGUUUCUUAUGGAGUUCUAA